GCUGCAGCAAGAUGCCGAGAGCGCUGUGCAGACUCGGAGCUCUCCGAAAGCAACUCCGUCCAGCUUGAAAGAGGCUGCGGUUUCCGAAGCCAGGUCAAGCCAAGGAAAAGCAACACAGAAAUCCUAGAGCUCUCUCACUGAACCAACGGGGAUCUCUCGACAUCGCCCUCUAGCGUUCCUCUGGAGAAGUGUCACCCCCGGAUUUCUAGGGGUACAGCGAGACACCAUGGGGUCCACCAGCAUCCCGCUGGUCAAGGCCCUCCGCAACACAGUCUCUGACUAUGUCAACUAUGACAUUAUUAUCCGGCAUUACAACUACACGGGGAAGCUGAAUAACAGCGCUGACAAGGAGAAUGGCAUUAAACUGACUUUGGUGGUGUUCAUCCUCAUCUGUUGCUUUAUCAUCCUGGAAAAUAUCUUUGUCUUGUUGACGAUUUGGAAAACCAAGAAAUUCCACCGACCCAUGUACUAUUUUAUUGGUAACUUGGCUCUCUCAGACCUGUUGGCAGGAGUGGCCUACGUAGCCAACUUGCUCUUGUCUGGAGCCACCACCUACAAGCUCACCCCUGCCCAGUGGUUUCUGCGGGAAGGGAGCAUGUUCGUGGCCCUGUCUGCCUCGGUGUUCAGCUUGCUAGCUAUCGCGAUUGAGCGCUACAUCACCAUGCUAAAGAUGAAGCUCCACAAUGGCAGCAACAGCUUCCGCUCCUUCCUAUUGAUCAGUGCCUGUUGGGUCAUCUCUCUCAUCCUGGGCGGGUUGCCCAUCAUGGGCUGGAACUGCCUAGGCACGCUGCCCAGCUGCUCCACUGUGCUGCCACUCUACCACAAGCACUAUAUCCUCUUCUGCACCACAGUCUUCACUCUACUCCUGCUUUCCAUCGUCAUCCUAUACUGCAGGAUCUACUCCUUGGUGAGGACUCGGAGCCGUCGUCUGACCUUUCGAAAGAAUAUUUCCAAGGCCACCCGCAGCUCUGAGAAGUCACUAGCACUGCUCAAGACAGUGAUUAUCGUCCUGAGUGUGUUCAUUGCUUGUUGGGCACCGCUCUUCAUCCUGCUUCUGCUAGACGUGGGUUGCAAGGUGAAGACCUGCAACAUCCUCUUCAGAGCUGAGUACUUCCUGGUGUUGGCUGUGCUCAACUCUGGCACCAACCCCAUCAUUUACACUCUGACCAACAAGGAGAUGCGCAGGGCCUUUGUCAAGAUCAUGUCCUGCUGCAAGUGUCCCAGUGGAGACUCUAGUGGUAAAUUCAAGCGACCUAUCAUUGCUGGUGUGGAAUUCAGCCGCAGUAAGUCCGACAACUCCUCCCACCCCCAGAAGGACGAUGGGGACAACCCAGAGACCAUUAUGUCCUCUGGAAAUGUCAACUCUUCUUCUUAA